AUGGAUUUGUCCAGCUUCAAUAAAUUUAUGGUUCUUCUCUGGAAGAAUUUCAUUUUAAAGAGACGGCGACCCGUUGUUACACUUGUGGAAAUCAUCCUCACACUAUUAUUUGCUGGGACACUUCUGUUAACACGCAAAUUCAUGCUGAUAAAGAAGUCUGGACCUUUCAUUUACCCCUCUCAUUCCCUCUCUGUGGUGCCUGAUAUUUUUGGAGCCGUCUCACCUGCUGAGCCUAUGGAAUUGGCUUUUGUGCCUUCCAAAAGUGUUGUGGUGAAGAGCAUCGUUGAAACAGUGAAUCAAGAUUUACAACAAAAUUUCAAAGUCACAGGUUUUUCUUCAGAAAAAGAUUUUGAAGAUUAUGUUAAGAAAAGGGAAAAUGCUAAAAGAGUGGUGGCUGCUUUUGUUUUUGACCAUAAAUUCAAAAAUAGCCAUGACCCCCUGCCACUUAAGGUCAAAUACUAUGUGCGUCUUAGUAGUUUUCAGAGGAACAGAUAUGUGGACUUUUUACGACCAGACGGCUGGGAGACAAAUACUCUGUACCCAACUUCUUUUUCUCUGGGACCCAGAAAUACUGACGAGACAGGGGGGAGUCCUGGGUACUACACAGAGGGCUUCCUGCUUCUGCAACAUGCACUGGAUCAGGCCAUCAUGAAGUACCACAAUCUAGUUACUGCAGAAACUCUGUUGCACAAAGUCACAGUUUCUGUUCAGAGAUUUCCCUAUGCAGUGUAUUAUCACGACUACUUCUUUAACUUGUUUGGUACUUUCAUCCCUCUAGUGAUAUUAUUUAUCUUCUCUGUGAAUCAUCUUACCCUUGUUCAAUCCAUUGUGUGGGAAAAAGAAAACGGACUGAAGGAGUACCAGCUCAUGAUAGGACUCAGUAAUUGGAUGCUCUGGGCCGCCUAUUUCUUCACAUUCCUCUCUCUGUAUGCAAUUAUCAUCCUUUUGAUAUGCAUAAUUUUCUUUGCCAAGAUGGAACCGAAGUCCGUCAUCCAGUACAGUGACCCAUCUCUCAUCUUCAUCUUUUUGCUGUGUUUUGCAAUUGCCACAAUAUUUUUUAGCUUCAUGGUUAGCACAUUCUUCAAUAAAGUAAAUUCUGCUGUUGCUAUUGGAUGUUUCCUUUUUCUUGCCACCUACUUUCCAGCUAAAUCUGUCUCUUCAAACUAUGCACAGAUGUCUGUUUCCCAGAAGUUGAUUUCCUGUCUCAUCUCAAAUAUUGCAAUGUCACUGGGAGCUAGAUUCCUAGUCAGAGCAGAACAGGAGAAAAUUGGACUCAAAUGGAGUAACAUCUUCUCACCAACCAGGAGGGAUAGCUUUGUCUUUGCCUAUAUACUGGGGAUGUUUUUAUUAGAUGCUAUCUUGUAUGGCUUUGUGGCCUGGUAUAUCGAAGCUGUGUUUCCUGGAGAGUAUGGUGUGCCCAAACCAUGGAACUUCUUCUUGCUGCGCUCUCACUGGUUUGGGGAUACACCUGCAGGAAAAAAUGAAGCAAAGGAAUUUGAUGAGACAGUUGACAACAAGUAUCUUGAAGCUGAACCUACUCAUUUGCUGGCAGGUAUCCAGAUCAACCAUCUGCACAAGGUAUUCCAAGUACAGAAUGCUACAAAGGUAGCAGUGAAGGACUUGUCUUUGAAUGUAUAUGAAGGACAAAUCACUGUACUCCUAGGGCAUAAUGGGGCAGGAAAAUCCACUACUAUAUCCAUUCUCUCAGGUCUCUAUCCUGCUACCAGUGGACAAGCCUAUGUUAAUGGAUAUGACACCUCAAGGCAGAUGAACCAAAUUAGGAAAAACAUAGGCAUAUGUCCCCAAAAGGACUUGUUUUUUAAUCAUUUGACAGUUUUGGAACACCUUUAUUUCUAUUGUGUGAUAAAAGAGAUACCUCAAAAGAAGCGUUCUACGGAAAUCGAACAUAUGCUGACAACUUUUAACCUGCUAGAAAAGAGAAAUGAAUUUUCAAGCACACUGAGUGGAGGAAUGAAGCGCAGACUUUCCAUCAUUAUAGCACUUAUUGGGGGCUCCAAGGUGGUGAUACUCGAUGAGCCAACAUCUGGCAUGGAUCCACUCUCCAGGAAGACCACCUGGAAUCUCCUGCAGACUUAUAAGCAGGAUCGGACCAUCUUACUAACCACCCACCACAUGGACGAAGCUGACAUCCUGGGUGACCGCAUUGCCAUCAUGGUCAAUGGGUCCCUGCAAUGCUGUGGCUCUGCAGUCUUCCUGAAAAAGAUAUAUGGUGUGGGAUAUCACAUGGUCAUGGUGAAGGAGCCUCAUUGUAAUGUUGAAGAAAUAUCCUAUUUGAUUAAUAAUCAUGUGCCAACAGCCACUUUGGAGAAGAAUAAUGUGAAUGAAUUAUCUUUUAUUCUGCCUAAAGAAUAUACACACAGCUUUAAGGCUCUGUUUACUGAUCUGGAGCAGAGACAGAAAGAACUGGGCAUCGCUAACUUUGGUGCUUUCAUCACCACCAUGGAAGAGGUGUUCCUGAAGGUCAGUAAUAUGGAGUAUUCACAGACAAAUAGCCAAACUUCCCACCCUCAACAGCCCUCCCUCCGGAACGACAGCUCCAUCACGAACCAGGAUAGGAAUAUGUCCAGAAAUGAGAGGGCUUUUUUGACUGUGCAUGAAAGCCCUGCGGUGAACUAUAACACUGGGUGUUCCCUCCACUGCCAACAGUUCCGGGCCAUGUUCAUAAAGAGGGCGAUGUUCAACUGGCGCCACCGGAAACUGAUUUUGCUACAGAUACUGGCGCUUCUGGGCUCCUUUGCCUUUCUCUCAGAGGCUGAAAGAUUUUCACAGAGCAGACACAAUGAGAAGGCCAGACGGAUGGAUUUGGGUCAAUAUGGCCACACCAUCGUGCCUUUAUCUAUCUCUGGGAGCUCUAACACCACUCUGAUGUUCUCACAGCACCUUAAGAGUAUACUGGAUUCUGAAAAGCAGACACUUAAGGAAGUGCAAGGUGACCUGGUAAAAUACUUGAUGGAGAAUGAAGAUUGUAUUCACUUCUGCAUUGUUGCAUUUUCCAUAGAGGAAAAGCAGAGUCAAAUCACGGUUACUGCUCUGUUCAACAACGAAGCAUACCACUCACCAGCUCUCAGCCUGGCGAUGGUAGACAACAUUCUUUUCAAGGUUGUUUCUGGCCCUGAGGCCUCCUUAACAGCCUUCAAUAAACCUCAGCCACGUUUUCAUGAUAGAGAAAACUAUUUAAGGAUGACAAAUGGACACCAGGUGGCCUUAAAUAUGCAUUUUGGCAUGGCUGUUUUGAUCAGUGGCUUUUGUCUCCUGACAGUGACUGAGAGAGUCUCUAAAGCAAAACAUAUCCAGUUUAUGAGUGGGGUCCCUGUCCUUGUGUACUGGCUCUCUGCUCUAUUGUGGGAUUUCAUUAUCUUCUUCAUUACCUGUUGCUUACUACUGGUAAUGCUCAAAUUCUGCCAGUUGGACUUAUAUGUCAUAGAUUACCACUUUCUGGACACAAUGCUGAUCUUAAUGCUGUAUGGCUGGUCUGCCAUUCCCCUCAUGUACCUGCUGAGCUUCCUGUUUACUACGAGCUCCUCUGCCUACAUCAAGCUUGCCCUAUUCAACUACCUUUCAGGAAUCUUUGGUCUCCUCAUAGACACCAUGUUUGUAUUUGAAAUGCAACAUAGAAUGUCAAAUGCUACCAGAACCUUCAUGCUUAAUUUGUUAAAGCUCUUUCCCAAUUACAACCUUGGGAAAUGCAUCGCUUACUAUUUUGCUUACUACCAGAAGAAGAGAGGGUGCAUCAUAAGACAAGCUCCUGACCAGUUAAAUUGUAAAGAAACACAUACUUCAAGGAAUGUUUAUUCUCUGGAAAAGGAAAUGAUUGCAAAGUAUUUGAUUAUAAUGAGUAUCACAGGCUUUGUUUUCCUUCUCUUGGUUUUGUUUUGGGACACUACACUGUGGAAGCUAAGAACAAUUUUCAAUCAAUAUAUUUACUUUGGUAUCUAUAGGAAAUUCAAGAAGCAAAAAGUGUCCAAGGAAUUAUCUGGAGACUCUGAAAAUGAAGAUGUACAAAAUGAAAGAAAGAAAAUUCUGGGACAGUCUCGGUUGAUGAUGAGUUCUGCAGUACUUAUCAAGGAACUCACAAAGAUAUAUUUUAAGUGCCCAGUCACUCUGGCUGUGAAAAAUAUCUCCAUUGAAGUCCAAAGGGGGGAGUGUUUUGGAUUACUUGGAUUCAAUGGAGCUGGAAAAACUACUACUUUCCAAAUUCUGACUGGAGAGCAGCCUCUUACUUCUGGAAAGGUGUUUAUUGAGGGUUUCAGCAUCACCAAAAAUAUCCAGAAGGUAAAAUCCAGAGUUGGAUAUUGUCCUCAGUCUAAUGCCUUGCUGGAAUACAUGACUGGUCGGGAAACAAUGAUCAUGUAUGCUAGAUUACGGGGAGUCUCUGAGUCCCAGAUACAGCCAUAUGUUAACAGCUGGCUGAGUUCGCUGCAGCUGGAGCCCCAUGCUGACAAGCUUAUCAGUACCUACAGUGGAGGAACCAAACGUAGGCUGAGUACUGCCAUUGCCCUCAUGGGAAACCUCUCAGUCAUCCUGUUGGAUGAGCCGUCAACUGGCAUGGACCCCGAAGGCCGGCGCCAGCUGCGGGCCGCUGUGACGCUGGCACGUCAAAGUGGCAAAGCCAUCGUUCUAUCCUCCCACAGAAUGGAGGAAUGUGACGCCCUCUGCACCAGGUUGGCCAUCAUGGUGAAGGGAAAGUUCAUGUGCUUGGGCAGCCCUCAACACCUCAAGAACAAGUUUGGCAAUGUUUACAUUCUGAAGGUCCAGGUCAAGAUGGAUGCACCGGAGAAUUUAUUAGAUGAUGUAAAAUUUUUCAUCAGAAUGACGUUUGCAGGCAGUGUAUUACAGAAGGAGAAUCAAAGGAUCCUUACCUACUACAUUCCCAGCAAGGACAAUAGCUGGGGAAAGGUGUUUGGUAUUUUGGAGGACGCUAAAGAGCAAUACAGUUUAGAAGACUAUUCCAUCAGUCAGGUAACACUGGAACAAGUUUUCCUGACUUUUGCAACCCCAGAGGUCUCAGGUGAUGAUAAGAAAAAGCACAAGGUUUAG